ACAAGACAGACAUGGUCCUUGGCUUCAUGGAGCAGCCAGACUAGUAGGGCAGGCAGUCCCGGAACAGAAAAUUCCAACAGUGAUGAACGAUCCAAAGAAGUACAAGGUGUGCUUGAAGACGGAUUGUCCUCCAGCGGUGUGUCCCGAUCUACAGCCCCAGGUGGAAUGCCCAACGCAGAGAAGAAGAUGAGCUGUGGGACCCAGUGCCCGAAUCCCCAGAGCCUCAGCUCAGGCCCCCUGACCCAGAAACAGAAUGGCCUCCGGACCACCGAGGCUAAAAGAGAUGCUAAGCGAACGUCUGCAAAGGAAGUCACCAUUAAUGUCCCAGACAGCAUCCGACAGGUGGACCGAAGUCGAAGAAUCACAAAGAACUGUGUCAACUAGCAGAGUGCAAUUGAAGGGCAGAUGGGCUUCGCUGGUGCCCUUCACAUCCUGGAUCCAUCGAGGAACCUUGAAGAAGUGGGUGGCCCUGGCCGCACUGGCCACUGCCUAGUGCCUUGGGAGACCCUCACCCGGCAGCCACCCGCUGCCAGAGCUGUUGGGAUGUUCUCAGCCUCCUGUCUAUCAUGUAAAUGUGUAGGGUAAUAAACUGCCGAUGUGUGUUAGUUAGGUUGGCCUCUUGCAACUCCUGCAGUGUGGUCUGAUGGAAAAGCGGUGAGCUAAAGUCACAGGCCGGUUUAGGAAACAGGGAGGCAGAAGCGGUGGUUCCUGGCUGAAGGAGAGUUGGUUCUGAGCUCUCCCGGCUGCAGUGGUGUGCCCUGUCAGGAAGCGUAUCCUUUCAUUCUUCCUUUCAAAUACCGCCAUCAAAGCUUACCGUGUUCACUUAAAAGCUGGCUCCCACCCAACUCUAAGCCCAUACAAAUGUUUCCUGUAUGAGAAGUCAAGAAACAGGAAAACUCUGUUAUUCUUGUUUCCUUAGCUCAGUCUGAGACAGAUUCAGAUCCAGUUUUACACAGACUAACCCCACCAACACCCAGGGCAUGUCCCAGGGAGGCCUCUGUGAUGCAGUCACACCAUUUCUCAUCUCCCUUCAACGUCCCCCACGCCGGCACCCUCGUCAGCCUCUGAACCGUAAUGGCACAGUCAUGGUCAGUGCGUCCCAUCUCCAGGCUCAGCAGACAUUGCAUUUUUCCAGCUUUCCACUUCCCUCUGCUUGUGUUCAUGAGCGGUUUUUCUCUCCAAUCAGGUCAUUUGCAAUUGUUAGUCAGAGGCCAGACACUGCUCAGAAGAGGGAGGAAAUCCGAACACGUCAGCUUCCCUUGGCCUCUCAGCACACGGCCCCAGGACUGCGUCAUUUUGGUAUCUAAAAGGAAUCAUUUUAGAAAGUCAGUACCUGGUCGGUGUGUGGUCACACUGACAUUAGAUUGACAUGCUCUGUGUUAGAAAUCAGGUAACUGAUAGAAAACUGUAAAAUGAUUAUAAAUCAAUAAAAAAUGUUUAAAAAAAGAAAUCAGGUAGCUGAGGCAGAAAAAAAUUUUUUUUGAUAGAAAUAAAAUUUUCUAGCAUUUCUUUAAACAUGUUAAGUUGGAAGUAUUUUCCUCCAAAGUAAUGUAGCAUGAUUUUUAAAGGACUGUUAAUAUGCCAGCGACUGGGAAAGGUAGGACUAAAGUUGUACCAAAUGACAUCAAUAAACUUCAUGUUUAGCAGAAA